AUGGUUGACGUGGAUCGUAUUUCCCGAUGGAAAGUUCUGGUCAGGACGGUAGCAUGCGUGUAUCGCUUCAAAUCCAACUGUGAUAGGAAGCGGAGAGGUCUGGCGAUUGAGGCGGUUCCAGCACCACCAAGGGUGCGAAGCGUAGUGAAGACGGCGAUACCAGCGGUGGUGGUUCCACUGAAGCGAGAGGAGUUUCAGCGAGCGGAAGCGUACCUGUGGCGGUCGGCACAAGCCGAUGCCUAUGAAGAAGAGGUCAGGAUUUUGACGAAGAACCGAGAGCUUCCCCGCAGCGAGUGGCAGCGAAUCGAGAAGAGCAGCAGUCUGUACAGCGACAGCCCUUUUUUGGACGAGGAAGGGAUACUUCGGAUGGAAGGCAGAGCGGCCCAGGGUUCGUUCCUUCCUUUCGAACUUCGGUUCCCGGUCAUCCUGCCGAAACGACACCCCAUUACCCGGAAGUUGUUGGAGUACUACCACCAGCAGGCGACUCACGCCAAUGCAGAGACCGUGGUCAACGAAGUCCGGCAACGGUUCCGAAUCCCGAAUCUUCGAGCGGAACUGAAGGCGGUGAUGAAGGCUUGCAUUUGGUGCAGGGCGAAGAAGUGUGCUCCAAAGAUUCCGAGGAUGGCUCCCCUACCGUUGGCGCGUAUUACUCCGGGCUGGCGGCCGUUCAGCUUCACUGGGGUGGACUAUUGCGGUCCGGUCACGGUCACAGUUGGACGCAGAUCGGAAAAGCGGUGGGUCUGCCUUUUUACAUGCUUGACUACGAGAGCAGUUCACCUGGAGGUGGCCCACAGUUUGACAACACAAGCGUGCUUGAUGGCGAUUCGGCGUUUCGUUUGUCGCCGUGGAAAGCCGGUCGAAUUCUAUUCAGACAACGGGACGAACUUUCAGGGAGCAAGUAAGGAGAUUGUGCGGAAGAUAGAAGGAGACUGCGACGAAGCUUUCACUGACGCGAGGACAAGGUGGAAUUUCAACCCGCCGAGCGCGCCCCACAUGGGAGGCGUUUGGGAGCGGCUGGUCCGAUCCGUGAAAGCAGCCCUGACGGUGCUCCAAGACGGAAGAAGGUUGACGGAUGAAGUGCUGCUGACUACGUUGGCAGAAGCGGAGGACUUGGUGAAUUCUCGCCCGUUGACGUACGCCGGGCUUAGUCCGGAGGCUAGCGAAGCGUUGACACCGAACCACUUCGUGAAAGGUCCAGAGGUGGCGGUAGAGCGAGUUCCGAAGACAGACGAGGGUGAAGCGUUGCGGGACCUCUACAAGCGAUCGCAGGCACUGGCAGACCGCCUGUGGAAGCGAUGGGUAGCGGUUGGGUAG